AUGGCCGCGCUUUCGGACCUGCCGGACUCGGUGCUGUUGGAGAUCUUCUCUUACCUCCCGGUGCGGGACCGGGUUCGCCUCUCCAGGGUCUGUCACCGUUGGAGGAGGCUGGUGGACGACCGGUGGCUGUGGCGACACGUCGACCUGACCGUCUACCGGAUGCGGCCUAAAGUCAUGUGGCACCUCCUUCGCCGGUACAUGGCAUCCAGACUCCAUUCCCUGCGGCUGUGUGGCUACCUGUCCGCAGGCUCCCAGGCUCCCCAGCUGUCCCCAGCCCUGAUGAGGGCCCUGGGCCAGAAGUGCCCCAACCUCCAGCAUCUCUGCCUGCACAGUGCUGACCUGAGCAUGUUGCCGAUCACCAGCCUGCCUUGCACCCUGAGGACCCUGGAGCUGCACAGCUGUGAGAUUUCCAUGGCCUGGCUCCUCAAGGGGCAGGACCACACUGUGCUGCCCCUGCUCGAGUGCCUCGUGCUGGACCGCGUCCCUGCCUUUCGGGACGAGCACCUGCAGGGCCUGACGUGCUUCGGCGCCUUGCGCUCACUAGUGCUGGGUGGCACAUACCGGGUGACUGAGGCCGGGAUGGAUGCAAGCCUGCAGGAGCUGAGCUACCUGCAGAGGCUGGAGGUGCUGGGCUGUGUCCUCUCGGCCGACAACACCCUCCUGGCCAUCAGCCGCCACCUCCGGGAUGUGCGGAAGAUCCGGCUCACCAUCAUGGGCCUGUCAGCCAUCGGCCUGUCUGCCCUGGAGGGAAUGCCGGCGCUGGAGAGCCUGUGCCUGCAGGCCCCGCACGGCACCCUGGAAAAGCUCUCCCUGGCUGAAAUAAUCUCCUCCUGCAGCUCCAUGCCCAAGCUCAGGGUCCUCGAGCUGCAGGGGCUGGAGUGGGAGGGUCCCGAGGUGGAGAGGAUCCUGUGUGAGGGGCUGCCCCACUGUCUGGUCAUCAUCAGGGCCUGUCCCAAGGAGUCUACGGACUGGUGGCUGUGA